AUCCCCCUAAUCCCAAAGCCUUUGACGAUGGAGGUUGGGAAGCGUGUUGGCCCCGAUCCGGCAAAGCCACCCCAGCGCGUGUUUACCCAUCAAACAAGCCCGUCUGAUAAGCCGAGACGUGAGCUCCAUGUUCUGCUUUGAAGAAGAUUCCAGUCCUGUGACCCACUGUACUCUUUCUGCUGAAGAAAGUCCAGUCUACUGCGCCUUUGCCUAAGAAAAUGGAGAAACUGAUGUCAGAGAGACCUAUUCCAAUGUCUAAGGAUGAAAUGCCUUCACUUCCUACCCAGCUCAAGCCAGACACAAACUCAUGCCCUCAUGCUCCUGGCAAAUACUUCCUUUCUGGAGGGACAGACCAAGAGGACUGUAAGGCUAACGAUAAGGAGAGGAAGUGGAUCCGUCCUGAUACACCUAGCAAAUGCACGUGGAAGCUCGGGAAACCCAUCUCUGCCUCCCCCCAUCGUCAUGUCACUCUGCCAGAGCCUCCAAACAUCCUGCCGAACAUCCUGAAUAAAGUUGGCAAUACACCUUUGGUGCGAAUCAACAAGAUUGGGAAGCACUUCGGCCUAAAGUGUGAACUCUUGGUAAAAUGCGAGUACUUCAAUGCCGGGGGCAGCGUGAAGGACCGCAUCAGCCUGAGGAUGGUGGAGGAUGCUGAGAAAGCUGGGAUCUUGAAACCUGGAGACACAAUCAUAGAGCCAACCUCUGGAAACACAGGAAUUGGGCUGGCCUUGGCUGCAGCCGUGAAGGGUUACCGCUGUAUCAUUGUGAUGCCAGAGAAAAUGAGUAUGGAGAAGGUGGAUGUUCUGAGGGCUUUGGGUGCUGAGAUUGUGAGAACCCCGACUACUGCCAGAUUUGAUUCUCCUGAAUCUCACGUGGGAGUAGCGUGGAGACUGAAAAAUGAAAUCCCCAAUGCACAUAUCCUAGAUCAGUACCGCAAUGCCAGCAACCCCCUGACACACUACGACACCACAGCUGAGGAGAUCCUGCAGCAAUGCGAAGGAAAAAUAGACAUGCUGGUGGCUACAGCUGGCACAGGAGGUACCAUCACUGGCAUUUCCAGAAAGCUGAAGGAGAAGUGUCCAGGUUGCAAAAUCAUAGGUGCUGAUCCUGAAGGUUCCAUCCUUGCUCAGCCGGAAGAAUUGAACAAGACUGACAAGACGACGUAUGAAGUGGAGGGAAUCGGAUAUGAUUUCGUCCCUACGGUGCUGGAUAGAUCUACAGUGGACCAGUGGUACAAGACCAGCGAUGAGGAGUCGUUUGCGUUAGCACGCAUGCUAAUCCGAGAGGAAGGACUGCUGUGUGGUGGCAGCUCAGGCAGUGCAAUGUCUGCAGCUGUGAAGGCAGCCAAAGAGCUGAAGGAAGGUCAGCGCUGUGUUGUUAUCCUCCCUGACUCUAUCAGGAACUACAUGUCCAAGUUCUUGAGUGACAAAUGGAUGAUUCAGAAAGGGUUCAUGAAAGAAGAAGACCUUGUCAAAAAACCUUGGUGGUGGAACAUCAGUGUUCAGGAGUUAAGCCUCUCAGCUCCCCUGACUGUGCUUCCAACUGUUACUUGUGCAAAGACUAUUGAAAUUCUCCGAGAGAAGGGAUUCGACCAGGUACCAGUUGUUGAUGAAUCUGGGGUGAUUUUGGGCAUGGUUACCCUAGGUAACAUGCUUUCUUCGCUGCUUGCUGGAAAAGUUCAGCCUUCAGAUGAAGUCAGCAAAGUAAUCUACAAGCAAUUCAAACAGGCAGAUAAUCAAGCAUCAGGUGGAAAUGUGAUUAACCUGAAAGACAACUUGGGGAAGCUCUCUCAUAUCCUGGAGAUAGACCACUUUGCUCUAGUGGUCCAUGAACAAAUUCAGUAUCACACCGAUGGCUCCUCCAGUAAGCGACAAAUGGUGUUUGGCAUUGUUACAGCCAUCGACCUGCUCAACUUUGUAACCGCGAGAGAACGGGAAAGAAAGUCCAACUAAAGUCAAGGAGCAGCUCGGAGCCUCUUCAACAAUGUUUUGCAAUCUCCAACAAAAAAAAAAUCAGGUUUAUUUCUUUGGUCGAAUGCUCUGUCCGUAAGGUGUGUGUUUUUUAAAUUCUGGAAAUAAGCAAUGAGCUAUCCUGGUGUCAGCUAUACAGCCAGUGCAUUUUAGCGUAUUGCACAGCUUCUGGGAAUUUGUUUACUAAUCAGGUUACACGAUAUUUCUUGAGACAAUUUAUUUUUAUACCUAUAUAUAUGUAUGUAAAAAUGUUGCCUAAAUUAACUGGUGUGUUCCUUACCUGUUGUCUCCAAGUAUGGCUUUUCAAAAACAUUUUCAGAUGCAUUAAACGUGUUGAAAUAGAGUUACUAAAGCAGAGGUCCAGGAGAGCUCUGGAAAGCUUUUUUUUUUUUUUUUCAUUUUUCCCUUCUUCUCUGUGCAGGGGUGUUAAGUUAGACAAUACAGUGUAGAGACAAAACGGUAUUAGGGUGUGGAGAGUGUUUCCCUUUCGGUGAGAUCAGUGUAAAAUAGGGGGCAAGUGUGAGAGCUAGAGUUGAUGUUCAGUUCAACCAGCUCCUCUGAGACAAAACUGGAGGCCUGACAAUGAACUGACAGAGACAAAAUAGUGACUUUCUUCUACACAGCACAACAGCUUUCACUGCAAAGAUAGACCUUUCUUUUUUUUCCAACUGCACAUUGAUAAGCAUGGGUGGAAAGGUUAGAAAGUAAGAUUGGGCUUCUUGCCUGAAGAAUGCUGUUCCAACUAGUACCUUCUCCUCACCUCCCACCCUCCUCUUUAACUAUGUUUGUGCCUGUUUGUUUUGUUUUGUUUUGUUUUGUUUUUAAAAAGCCAAAGAUAAUCUGUCAGGAGCUGUGAACAAUUUUUUUUUUGAAGUCCUGUUCAAGUACUCCCAAGCUGGAGCACCUUCAUGUAAUGUGGAGUAGGUGAAUACAGCUACAACUUCUUACCCCUUCCAUAAUUCUCUGGAUUUUUUCAGUAGAUUGACUCGUGUAGCCAUGGCAAAGUUUGUUGGCAGUAGCAGCUCAGCCACAGAGUGCUCGGCUCAGUCUUCCAACUGCUGUUAGUGGUAAUGAUGGGUGGAAUCACUCCAUGGUUAAAGGAGAAGAGUAGCUAUUCUUUGUCUUAAUUAAGAUUGCUCUAAUCAUCGUAUUCUGACCGGCCUUUUGCCAAGAAUACAGAUUAUGAUCAGCAAGAGUGACAUUCUUCUUAGCUUAUCUCUUUCCACUGCAGUAAGAAAAUACUAUAGCUGGCUGGGGCUAGUGGUGGUAAGAUAGAAAGUGUUUUUAAAAAAAAAAAAAAAAGCAAUGAAUCAGAUAAGAGAAAACAAAGGUGUUAUUUAAAAACAAAACAAAAAAAAUCACGCUUACUACAUUCCACCUGCUGUAUAUUGAUUUCUUUCUACUCCGCUGGCCUCCCUUUGGCAAUGGAAUUUGCUUUACAUGUUGGAACUGUGUGCUCAGAGAGGUGUCCUCUGUCUCCUGUCAGAGAGCCCUGUCCCACAUCACUGCUGAGCAAAAACAUAAAUCCGACCUUUUGUGGUUCCAUGUUGGGUGAUUCAGGCCUUGAGGAGAGCAGAAAAACGAAGGGAAAUGAGCUCAAAGACAAAGAGGCAACACCAGUGGUGUUGUCUGCCUGCCAAGAGUGUGACAGGCUGUUUGGCCUUCUAGCUGCUGCUUUUUUUUUUUGUGAAUGUUAACAAGUUUUGUAAUAAAGUCUCAGAUUGAUUUCUGUUAACUCUUUAAAGCUGUGUCAAUGGAUGCUAAGUUUGUUCUGUACUUAUUCAGUUUACUUUCUUAAACAUUGGCUGUCCCUUCUGAUUAGGGCAGGUAAUGACGUAACACGACCUACAGUCUCUCUUAAAAAAGCACUUGCAAGUAAGUGAUGUGAGUGGUGGAGACUUGCAGACUAAACAAACGGUUGGGAAUUGGAGGUCGCGUGUUGCUGUCAGGUGAGGGGAGAAAGGAAGCAGCAGAGUCACCAAGGGCGUCUCGUGUCUGUGGCUUGGAUGGAAGCAGAUGACCCUUGCAAUUUUAAUUCCAGCACCUACAGGUUGAUGCUUUAUCCCUCAUGAGUAAAUACUACAGGCUGCUGCUGAAUCUGAGGAAGAACAAAUAACGUUUUAGAUCCACCUUCUGAGGCUUUGUCAGGGUCUGGAUUAAUAUUCUCAAAUUCUCAUUGUGGAAGCUAUACAGCAAGAGUCAACAAUGUGACUCGCUGGGGAGAGGAGGCACCUUCCAAAAAUGAUUCAUCUUUAACACCAGUUGUAGGAAAGGGGUGAAUUACACCAGGAGAUACUUACCUUACACUAUGGUUUAACCAUUAAAUUCAUAUGCUACUUUGGGAUUUAAGACGACUUUUCUUAGGGCUCUGGAAUAAACUGCCAUAACAUUUAAAAUAUAUAUAUAGAUGUGCCACCUCAAUAAUAGUUGGUUCUAGAGGAUGGUUGAAUUUUUUUUAUAUUUUCCUUUAGCCUCACACUUUGUGGUAAUUUCUUUCUCACUGUAGUAGCAACCCCGGCUUCGGUGUUCUGCCUGGGGAAAGCUGAACUGGUGUGAGUACCAGUUAGGUGUGUGUUAAAGAUACUUCUUUCAAAUCUGGAUUAGCUUUUCCAGGCUGAACAGCUCUGCCGUAGACUCUGUCAGUGACAGCCGUAAGAAGUCAUCUUUCAAACUGUAUUUUUGAGCUUACUCCCCAAGGGGUAAUAAAUAAUUUAGCACAGUUAAGGGCAUGGUUCUUGCUUUUAGCAGUUCUUGAAUCAUCUGCUGCUUAGCAUAGACAGUGUGUAAAUGGUCAGUUGUAUCCCUGUAGGUAUUACUAUUUCAGCCAAACUUCUGAACUCCUUUCCCAAUUAUUUUAAAUACUGUUGUCAGGUAUAUUUUCAUACAUAUUGUGCCUUCACUAGAUGCUGCUAACUGAAGUGUUUGCUACAAUUGUUAGCUGUCACUGCUGCUAACUUUUGCCAUUACUGUUGCUCUUAAAAGUUGGCUUUGCGUUUUAUCUGAUUUUUUCCACCCAUUUUUCCAUCUGAUGUUGGCUGUGGGGAGGGGGACACUUCUUUUUUUUUUCCUUUUCUUUUUGUCCCUAUCAAAACUCCAUGUCCCAGCCUAACUGAAUUGCAAGAAAUAUGAGAAGGGUAGAAGGAGAUUCCUAAAAUUCUUUUCAGAAGAGCAGUUCAAGAAGUAAGAUUACUAAGUCAGGGUUGAGGAAGCAGAAGAUUAAUGGGUAGCUUCACCUUUGACACAGAAAAGCGUGACAAUUUUAGCUUGCUAUUUUAGUUUACUGUUCAUAAAUUGAUCUCUGCUGUGUCAUGAAAAGCAGGUAGUAUUGCUGCCUAAGAAAGAAGGGUUGGUUGGAGCCGGCAGGGAAGCAGGGAUGUGACACUAGAGCAAUCCAAGUGAGUAAUCUGAAGUAAUCCAGCUGCGCUGCACUGCACUGCACUGCUCUGCAUGUGUACUUUGCUAGGAGCAGGAGCUGUUUCCCAUUCUAAACUGGCCCAAGAAGAUGGUGGUCACCAGCUGCUCUUAUUGAGAGCAGCAACCCUGUUUGAUCAGGGGAACUGGGGAAAGAGCUGGAGUCACUGAAUGACUAAAAAACUUUCCAGAGCUCUUGCCUGUAGUAGGAAUGAUGACAGCAAGGAGAAGGGGGCUGUGAUGCAAAAGUUUACGAGUGUAAUCCUUUUCUGCAUACUUGGAAGUGUUCUGUCACGUUGAUCCUAGCGAGGAGUUGUAGGGCUGUAUUAAUGCUUGGCUCAUCUGUUUCAAAUACUGUGAGGACCAAGAAAGACGUCUGUUUGCUUGUUUGGUCUUUAACCCAAAGUACAAGUCCAAAGCUUGAACAGAACUCUUUUUUUAAAUUACUUUUUCCUGAAGUGGGUGCCUGCAUCUUCUGUUUACCUGUACUGGUUAAGCAAAUGCUGACCAUAAGCGUGAAAACUAUUUUGCACAUGGUUAUUUAUAUAAACAAUUUAUGCUGUGUUUGUGUCACUGUAAGAGAAUAUCAGUCCUCCUGCUUUAAUGUUGGCUCUGUGAAAAUCCUGUUGUUUCCUCACCUGAAGUCAAUUAUCCAGUAAAAACUGUAUAUUUUGCAAGAAGUUAUCAGGCAACAACGUAAGGAUCACUUUGAAGUUGUAAUGACCAAUAUUACUUCCCACUUUUUCCACAAGCUAUGGCUGACUCCAGAACACUGUAUAGCUGAGGUUCCUCCAAGCAGACAGACUAGUCUCCUCUGCCAACCAAGCUCAUCAAUAAAUGGUUUCUGGAAACUUUGGUGUGGAUUUCACACAGCAUGCUCACUGUUAGGAGCUGCCUAGCAUUGCCACCGUCGUACAGCAGCCUGUCUUACUGCGUAGUGUCAACACGCUACAGUGACAAAGGGAAGUCUUUUUAUGCUUUUAGGAGCUGGGAGAAAUCAAUACUAUGUGCUGUAUUUAUUGCACAAACAUUCACAAUACAAUAUAAAUAAUUCAAUAAAAGCUGAUUGCAGAAUGA